UCUGCAUUUUAACGAUACGGUCUCAAAUUGCGUCGCUUUUAUUAAAUGGCUUACAUCAACAGAAUGCCCCCAGUGUGAACAGGAGGGAGCCUGACCUUGCAAUGCUGCGAUGACAGACUUCGCAGAAGGGCGCCUUCAGAUCCUGCAAGUUUAUAAGCUCAUCCAGUAUGUCAGGCAGCGGGACAAAGCCGAGAUAGAGAAGUUGCUGACUAUGGGAGUGCCGCACUUGGUGAACUUGAGCGAGCCCAGUCAGGGGGAAUACGCCUUGCAUUUGGCCGCCGUUGCGAACGACGUUGAAACCUGCAAGCUGCUGCUGUCGCUGGGGGCUGAACCCAACGUGGUGGACAAAGAUGGUCGGACGGCGGCGAUGAUCGCGGCGGAAGUGGGGCACGACAAAACGCUGGAGGUGCUGGCGGAGGCGAAAGCAGACAUGACAAUGGUAGACAAGAACGGCAAAGGAAUUCUCUAUUACUGCAUCGCUCCGACUGUUCGCCACCUUCGUUGCUUGGAGAUUGCACUCGCCCACGGAGCUGAUGUUAACAAUUGCUCAAAUGAUGGAAAGCCAGUCUUCUUGCUAGCCUGUGAACAGGCCGCAGCCUGCACCGAAAUGUGUCUACAGAUACUAGAGAAAGGUGCUGAUCCAAAUUCCAAGUUUGAGCUAACCGGUCACACUGCUUUAAUGGAGGCAUCAAGAGAAGGGGCAAUCGAGGUUGUCUGUGCUAUACUGGAGAGAGGAUGUGAGAUUAACGUUCUACAAAACGAGCGCUACAACGCUGCACAUUUUGCUGCCCAAGGGGGACAUUUUGAGGUCAUUCGAGCCUUGGUUGCUCAUGAUUGUGACAUUAAUGUUAUUAAUUUUGAUGGGAACACAGCUUUGCAUCUGGCAGCACUGGGAGGAUUUGCUGACACUGCCAAGUUUUUGGCACAAAGAGGAAGCAACCCCAAAAUGAAAAACCUGCAGCAAAAAACUCCAGCAGCUGCAGCCAAAGUCAGUGGUUACAAAGCCGUGUCGAAGGAACUCCGCAAGGCUGAGCGCCUCUUCACUAAAUAUACUAAACCCAAUGUGAAAAAUCCCAACGCACCCUGGGCUAUUCGGCUUUAUGACUGGUCUCUAUAUCAUGAGCUCGCGCUUCGGAAUUCAUUUGCCACGAUGGACAGGGGCGAUGGCACAUUGGCAAAGGAGGAUUUUGCCGCAAUUCUUAUGGAAAAAAACGUGCCGAUGAAGGAAGAAGAAAUAGCUGCACUAAUGACUGCCCAUGACAAGACUCGUUCUGGAGUUAUUGACAUCAAUGAGUUCUUUAAAGGUACCAAAUACCUUGAGAAGGUUUAUCUUAUGUCUUCAUAUGAACCGAAGAAGAAAAAGGUUAAGAAAGGUAAACGUGGCAAGAAGGGCAAAUUAGCGAUACCAAUACCAAUUUGCACUUUUCCGGAAGAAUAUAUCACCCGACGUGAAGAUGGCGGUCCACCAGAGUUCAUGAUUGAAAGCUUCAAGACUUUUACGGAUAGAAAUCGAUUUAGUCGUGAUAACCCACCAGAGCAUCCCCUGCAGGAUGACUCUGCAUGGUACUUGGAUAAACCAGAAAAAGUGUACACCAGUAUUAACUAUGCAGCAAGAGCAGAGGAUAUGCAAUCUUUAAAGAGAGCUUUUUUUCAGGGAGUACCAGUCGACGUGCAGGACAAGUUUUUCACAACACCGCUUAUGGCAGCCUGUGCAGAUGGAAAUUUUACACUUGCCAAAUACCUUGUGGAAGCAAAGGCUAAUGUAAAUGCAUAUGAUAAUUUACGAUGGACACCACUUCACCAUGCUUGCCAUACAGGACAACAGGACAUUGUCAAAUUACUACUGGAUGCUGGUGCAUUGAUUAAUGCAGUUUCCAUAAAUGGAGCCACACCUUUAAUGAGAGCAGUUGAAAGCUGCAGAUUGGACUGUGUAAUGUAUCUGAUUGAUCAUGGGGCUAAAGUUGACAUGGAGAACAUUAAAGGGCAAAAUGCUUUGGAUCUUGCAAAUGCCUACGCAGAUAUAAGGAUAAUUGAAGUAGUCAAAGCAAAGCUGGAUAGCCUUCCGAAAAAAGAGAAACCAAAAAAAGCAGGAAAAGGUGCAAAGGGAGGCAGUGCAGCCUCCUCAAGGCCUCAGACUACAGCAGCUGGAUCUUCUCCUGGAGAGAUGGUUUCAACUCAGCUUUAUCCAUUAAAGUCACCAAAAAGAAAUGUUCCCAAGGACAGCAUAGCGAAGAAAAGUGAAAUGUUAAACAGUGGUGUUGCCAAGAAAAUUGACAUUACUUUUGUACCAAAAAGCGUAUGGGCUCACCCACCAACGACCGAGGAGCUCAUUCAAAGGAGAGUAGAAAACAGGGAGCGAUUCACCCAUGAAGUGGAUUUUAAUGAUUUUUUGAUGCCUUUCAAGAAAAAUAUCAAAAAGAAAUUGGAAGAACCAGAAGCCACAGCUUCUGUCAAAUAGGGAGAACUUUACACAGACAUUUGAAAAGAGAGCACUAAUCAGAGGAAAGUGAAUAAAAAGCAGAUACAACAGAAUCGAUUUUUGUUGCAAGGACUUUCAAAUACCCCUGAAACUCUUAAUAUGUCACUGGAAAAGACUGUGAGAUGUUAGAAACUUUACAAAAUGUGAUCCUCUGCCACACUUCAAUAUCUGCUGCCCAUUUGAAAACCAAGGUGUACCCCCAUUCCCAGAAUUGUUUGUGGACAUUAGUGUUGGUUCACAGUAGCAUUUUGAUCUCCUUUGGCCAAUAUUUCAGCAUUAUUCCUAUAGACUUAAGACUUCUUAUCCACUAAUGGACAAGUUACCAAUCAAAGGUUUUCAUUGGCCUCGUGCUCCUCCACAAUAUGUUAAUUGUGUUGAACCUGAGAAACACAGGCUGGCUCAGCAUUAUGAUUGUUGCACAAACAGAAACAUUCUAUCACCCAGCAUGUACCCGAACG